AUGGCAUUAAGUCUUAUGCCUAUUGAUGAAGUUGAACGUCAAUUUCAACGUUUACAAACUAUUACAUCGUCAUCAUUAGGUGAUUUAUUAUUGUAUUUUAAAAAUCAUUGGGUGCAUGGUGUUGUUCCAAUUCAUAUGUGGAAUUUUUAUGAUGCCAACCAUCGAACAAAUAAUACUUCAGAAGCUUAUAAUCUUCGAUUUGCAACUCGAUUAUCAAAAAAACAUCCUAAUAUUUGGAGCUUUAUACAAUUAAUUCAAAGUGAACAUGUUCGUUUUGAACAUAUUUCAAUUCAACUUGAUGCUGGUGCAUCUGCACCGAAACAAUCGACAAAAACAAAAGCUUUUCAAAUAAGAUUUGAUACUCUGCGUAGCAGAUACAUCAAAAAGGAAAUCAACGCAAAUGAACUAUUGUCAGGUUUAUCAUUGCUAAUUGGAAAGAAAAAAAAAUAA